CUACAAGUGACUGAAAGGAACCCAGACACCAAAAGUGUGGUGUCCGUAGUGUGUCGUUUUUACGUCAAAUUCGGCCGUGAAGCGAAACCCAACGCAAAGCGGAAGCGAACCACGCAAGUGCAAUACUUAAAGUUACCUUUCCGCGCAGAUCACAUCAAACACCAUCUAGAAAGCGUUCAUCCGCGGCACUGGAAGGUUUACGCUGCUGCUACCGAUGAAGCCAAGAGAGUGUAU